AUGAAAUUGAAAACAAUAUAUUUGACUUUAUGGUUUACUUGUAUUAAGAAUGAAGCCGCUAAAGUAGUUGCUAUAAAAUGGUCAGCAAACGGAAGAAAACUAGCGAUUGUAAACUUAGAUCGAACAGUUUUACUGUUUGAUGAAACUGGUACACGACGAGAUAAAUUUACCACCAAACCAUUCGAUUCUAAGUUUGGAAAAAAGAGUUACUGCUUAACUUCUGCAGCAUUUUCAUCAGAUUCAACUCGUUUGGCCAUCGGACAAACAGAUAACGCUGUAUUUGUUUAUCGCCUUGGAGAAACUUGGAAUGAAAAGAAAGUGAUUUGUAACAAAUUUGGACAAUCCUCAUCGGUAACUUCUUUGGACUGGCCACGAGAAGACCGUCUAAUUUUUGGGCUUAGCGAUGGUAAAGUUCGUGUUGCAUCCUGCAAAAGUAACAAAUCUGCUAAGAACAUUUUUAGUGCAGUUACAGCAAAAAAACGUUGUUUUAGCUUCGUCUCCGCACACAUUGAUGGAUCCAUCAUUAGUUAUUCAUUUGACACAAAAACUCAAUCAAAAAUUUUAACCCACCAAUGUUCGCCAUAUGUUUUGUUAUUUAUGACCAAUGGAAUCUUAGCAUCUGGUAGCGAUAAACGAAUUAUUUGGUACUCUACUAACGGUGCUUUACUGCAACAGUUUGACUGUAGUUCAGAUGACACAGAAAAAGAUUUUUAUACCGCAGUUUCUGAUCCUUCUGGACAACAUGCUAUUAUCGGAAGUUUUAACAGGCUUCGAUUCUUUACGUGGAAUAUACGCAGAGGAGCUCUUGAAGAGGGUUUUAAAACUGAAAUUCCCAACUUGUACACAGUUACUGCACUUUGUUGGAAAUGCGAUGGUUCUACUUUGGUUGUGGGGACAAUCUGUGGUCUUGUGAUUCUUCUGGAAUGCUGCUUAAAAAAAUCUCUUUUGAAGAAUCGUUUUGAGCUUAUAUACAUUUCGUCAAGCCAUAUUUCGGUUAGGGAUAUCACUACCGAUCAGAGAACUCACAUAAAGUCAGAUAGCGGUUACACUAUUGACGACAUUAAGGUUUUGGGCAACAAUCGAUAUGCUGUUGGAUACACUGCUAAAACAUUGAUUAUUGUCGAGCUUGCCACAGAUCGAAGUAGUGAGGUGGCAUGGCAAAGUGUUGGAAAUGAGAAAUUUUUCUUCAACAACAAUGAUAUUUGCAUUAUUGUCAAUGCUGGCGAGUUGAGCUUCGUGGAGUAUGGCUGCAACGAAAUACUUGGAUGGGUUCGUACAGAAUUUAUUUCGCCACAUCUUAUUUCAGUUGUGGUAUCACAUUCAAAUCAAAAUACUAAACCUGUAAAACUGGCUGCUUAUUUACUUGAUGCUUACUCCAUUUCUAUUGUAAAUUUGGUAAAUAAUCAGGUGUCCUAUCAAACGACCCAUUCUGCGGUAAUUGAUUGGCUUGAAUUAAGUGAAGCUGGAACAAAACUGCUGUUUCGAGAUCAGAAGUCCGAUUUGACGUUGGUCGACCUAGAGACUCAUAAGAAAACAACGUUACUUAACUACUGUAGUUAUGUUCAAUGGGUGCCGAACAGUGAGGUUAUAGUUGCACAAUGUGGAGAACAACUUUGUGUUUGGUAUCAGCUUCAGAAUCCAGAACAGAUGACAACAAUUCCAAUUAAAGGCGACAUUGAAACCGUCGCCCGAGAUGAUAUGCAUACUGAAGUUAUUGUGCAGGAACCGACUGCCAAGGUUGCUUACGAACUUGAUCAAACCCUAAUAGAGUUUGAAACGGCGCUAAGAAGCUAUGAUUACGGGAGAGCAAUAGAUUUUUUAGAAAAUCACCAAGGCGACGAUAACUAUAUUCUUUGGAAACAGCUGGCUAAUACCGCGUUUUCUCAAAACCAACUUCUUGUGGCACAACGCUGUUAUGCUGCUACUGGUGAUGUAACUCGAGUUGCAAUGAUCAGCGAAAUUCUUCAAUUCAUCAACAGUACUCCAGACAUGACGACAGACGAAUCAUUAUUUGAUUAUAAAGCCCGUGCAAAACUUGCCUUAAUGCGUAGGAACUUCAAAGAAGCUGAACAAAUCUACUUAGAGCAGGUAAUAGUUACCUGUAUUUUAAUGCAUUUUUUCAUCGAAAUGUAUCAACAGCUUCAUAAAUGGGAACAAGCGCUUGAAGUAGCCAAAUUAAGGGACCGUUCUGAGUACGACGCACUGAUGACAAAGUAUAACAGACACUUAAUGGAAACAAAUCAGUUUGAAAAAGCAGCAAAGGUAAAUUGCUUCAAAAAAUGCACCGAUGAUGACAUGUCUACAAAAAUUGUGUCUGCCAAAAAGCUGCACUGCACAUUGGCACUUCCAGAAAGCAACGCUGACCUUGUUGAAGAUGCUGGCGGUUUGUUGGAAAAAGUGGAGAAAUACGAACGUGCUUUAGAGUGCUUUUUGGAAGCCAAAUGCUACAAUAGAGCCUUACAGUUGUCGAGAACAAGAUUUCCUGAAAAAGUCGUAACAAUUGAAGAGGAAUGGGGUGAUUUGCUAAUGGCCGAGGGCAAAUACGAUGCUGCAAUAAAUCAUUUCCUCGCUUUGGAAGCAGCAACGCUUGCUAAACAGUGGAGUAAAGCGGCACAAAUAGCUGAUGCACUAGAGGAUAAUUCAGUUUCCAAGCAAUAUUAUGGUAAAAUUGCUGAACACUAUGCUGAAAUUGGUGACCUUGAACGAGCAGAAAUGUUUUAUGUCGAAGCCGGACAACAACGGGAUGCUAUCGAAAUGUAUAAUAAGGCACAUCGAUGGACUGACUCAUAUAGGCUUUAUGAAUCUCUCGGACAAAUUAGUAAAGCUACUGAUAUGUACCGCUUGGCUAACAGAUUCGACCAAGUAGUUGCUAUUGUUGGAAAAUACUAUCCUGAACGCUUGGCAGAAACCUAUAAAAGCAUUGGAAACGCUUUGGAGGAUGGCGGAGAUAUGAAAACUGCUGAAAAUUACUACCUGAAGAUUAACGACUGGCAAAGCGCUGUAAAUAUGUACAGAACUGCCGAAAAGUGGAAUGAUGCAUUCCGUAUAGCAAAAGAUUACGGCAAUGACGUAGCGCAAAAAAGAGUUUGUCUUACGAUAAAGAAAAAUUUUCCAGCACCUACAAAUUUUUUUGGAGAAUUUUUUCAAAAGAUAGACGGGACAACAAAAUGGACAUUAUUUUUUGCAUAUGAACUUUGUCGAAUAGGAGACCAAUCAAAACUUCCUUUUGUAAAUCAGCAACAUGCAAUAAUAUUGGAAGAGGAAGGUAACUAUGAGGAAGCUGAAGAUCACUAUAUAAAAGGUAACAGUCCGAAAGAAGCAGUUCUUAUGUACGUUCAUUUACGUCAAUGGAACAAAGCAGAGGAUAUUGCAAGGCGUUAUUGCCCACAAGUGCUAAAUGAGAUUCUGAUGGAAAAAGCAAAAAUUGUUAUUCAAAACGGAGAUUAUGCAGAGGCCGAAAGUUGUCUGCUAAGAGCCAAUCGUCCAGAUAUUAUUUUACAAUAUUAUAAAGAUCAGAAUAUGUGGAAUGAAGCCUUAAGAAUUGCGAAGGAUUAUAUUCCUUCAAGUUUUGCUCAAAUACAGGAGGAGUAUGAUGAGGUACAGCUUCGUUCUGGAGCUAAAGGUGCGUUAUCCUACAUAGCACAAGGCGAAGACUGGGAAGCUCAGGGCGAAUAUCAUAACGCUUUAGAGUGCUACCUAAGAGUCAACAGUACGCUUACAGAUGACAUAGAGACAGUUGCUGCAGUAAUGAUGCGAGUCGCUCAAGAAUUUGCUCCUGAAAUGGAAAGUUAUGUUGACGAAAAGUAUAAAGAAUCACUGAAGAACAGUGGUAGGCUUGGAGAGUUAAUGGAUGUUGAUACGAUAGCUGCAAUUGAUUUACUGGUUCAGAGAGGACAGUGGGAAAAAGCUUUGGAAACUGCGCGACAAAAAGGGAAUCGUUCAUUACUGGAUAAAUAUUUGGCUUUGUAUGCGACAUCUUUAAUUGAUUCUGGAAACUAUCUGGAGAUUAUAAAAUCCUACGAAAAGUAUGGCGCUUCUGCCAACCCUAGUAAUUUUAACCUGUACAGAUUGCUAUUUGAUCAGGUAUUAAUUGCUUGUUUUCCUUCUCGCAGCAAAUUAUCAGUUUUUGAAAGGUACUUAGAGGUUGCUCACUACAAAGCUAUUUGGUGCGCUUUGGGUGAUAGUCCAAAUACUUUUAUGCAUACAAUUCGCCAACAAAUUAGUGUUAGUUUGUUACGUUAUGCCGAUAUUCUGAAUGCCGAAAAAGUAUUUUAUGAAGCUGGGGAAGCUUUUAAAGAACAAGGGAAGAAAAAGCAGAAAUUAGCUUUUAUAUUUUUAAACUUAUUUUUGGAUUUUUACGAUGCAAUUGAUCAACAAGAUCCUUCUGGUAUUGAUAUGGCUAAAUUUACUGGUACAGAUAUUCCUCAAGAAGUUUCGUUGCCUGAAAAACACUUAUCGCAUUUAAUGUUGAAGGAAUUUAUUAUCAAUGUAAAGGAAUGGGUUUUGGCAGCUUCUGUAGAAGUUGGCGUAGACGAAUCGUCAAUUACAAGUGAAGAUGGAAAGUUUGAAGGAAGUUUGCUGACCGCUUAUCAAUUUUUAGGUUAUGCUGUUGAAAGUGAUUCUAAAUCUUUUGGGUCAUCUGGAAAGUUUGCUACUCAAGAAAAUUGGAAUCGUUUGGUUGUUGAGCAGAAAACAAAACCGACUGAAGCGUUGGAAGACAUUUUUCGUUUUAUAGCUCGUUGGACAGAUACUCCACUGUCACUUUCUGUAUGA